GCUGCCGACGGAGCCGCACUAUCAACCGGGAAGUCGCGCGAGAGCGACGGCCGACGAGCGGCGCUUCCACGACACAGCCGCGCUGCCCUGCCGGACGCUUUGGCUGCAGAAGGGGCCGGCACUUCGGCCCACGAUGGCGCUCUGCUGCUGGCAUCGGAAUGGCCUCGUCACCUUCGGAGCUUUCUUCACGGUGGUGGGGGUGCUGGUGAUCGCAGCGGGCCGCCUGUGGCUGUCUUGGGCGGCGGUGGCGCAGACCGCGGUCCAGCCUGGAGAGACCGGGCUGCAGUACCGAGCCAGCCCCAUCGACUUCAAGAUCUUCCGGCUGCUGAGCAGGCGCCUGGAGCGGCUGUCCGCCUCCGAGAGGGAGGCCAUCGCAGCUUCUCGGGAUCUACACGAAGCUAAGAUGAUCGCGAUUUCGUUCGUGGCGCUGGGAGUUGUCAAGACCAGCCUGUCCGUCGUGCUGCUAGUGGCCGCCUUGAUGGAGCUGGAGCGAGUGCUGCAGGUGUUCCUGUUUGGGGGCGCGCUGUUGGUGGGCGUGGCAGCUAUGCAGGUGGUGGUUGUGGAGGUGAUGCUCCUCCAAGACCGGCCAGGCAUGGAGUUCGCCAUGCCUGCCACACUCACCAUGCGCGGCGCUGCCAUCGCGCUGCCUGUGUCCGCCAUCUUGUAUCUCGGUGUGGACGUUGUGUCGCUGGUGUGCGUCCGCAAGUUCUACUGCGAGCUGAGGACGCAGCGGCUUCGGCCCUGCGUUCUGCCGCCGGCUGCACCCAUCUGAAGAAGGCUGCCACACGGCGGAUCCCGCUCACAGGAAGUUCAGUCGCCACAUCCGGCCACACUGCUGGACGCGGUCUGCGGCCAACGAGAGAGCUCCAACCUGCCGGCAGCUCUGCAAGGUCCAACGGCUGCCGCGCGCCAGACUCGUCAGCACUGACUGGCGCUAAGAUGCUGCUCUCUUCACCUUCUUUGUCAUUUUGUUUCCUAGUCAAUAAAUAGCGUAGACGCGAUAGUAAAUGGAAGUAAUUAAGUAAAUGUUCGAGAGGUCUGAUGCUCAUGGUUCACUAAGGGUGUCGCAAGAGAUGUCACUCAACUGUUUCAUAAGCCUCGCGUUUAAUUUGGACAAUAUCUGUACAGAAUUCGAAUGAAAUAACUGUAGCAGUAUGUAAAUACCCCUUAAUGAAAACAAGUUCUAUAGGUUAGACGCUUCCCCUCAAAAUUUUUUUUAGUUCGCACCUCUAUGUUGGUUGGUGAUUAAUCUCCGACAAAUAUCUCAAGAAAUACGUGUGGCGUAACUCCACAAUCAUGUCUCACUGAAAGCUAAGUUUCCCGAUUCUUGUACAACACACCUUUUUUGAGAAUGCUUGCACGAAGAAGCCAUCCUCAUCAUCAGUUUUCUGUUAUGUUAGCAAAGUUCCUUCUGUCUCCUGUAUGGCGGUCCAAUUCUUCCUUUUUAAAACUGCUGCAUGCGCUGCCUUCCAGCACAUCGUCCUGUAUCUCAAAUCUCUUCCUCCCUUGCCUCCUCUGCGCCUCCACAUACGCUUCUAAACCUGUCUUUGUAACAUUUCUCAUACUCAACAACUCUGGUCUCCUACGCUUCUCAGUACCCCUCCAUAUUCUACACUUUCCAUACACCUUAUUUUUUUGCAUUAUUUCCGUCGUCCACAAGAUGACAGUCUUGCUCUGUCUUUCUUCAUCACGUUCCAAUUUCCAGUAGCACACAAGAGGAAAUCCCAAUAAAGUACUUUAUCAGUCUUCCCCUCAAAUCACUGUCCAUAUUGCAGCAGGAAACUCUCCUCUGCUUACAAAAUAUCCCUUUUGCCGUUGGUAUCAUCAUCAUCAUCAUCAUCAUCAUCAUCAUCAUAAUCAUCAUCAUGAUCUUGAACAGUUUUCACUCCCAAGCUGGGUCUCUUUGGAAGUUAAGCCUCCAGAUUUAGUCCUGUUUUCCCACUCUCUUUUGUGUUCAUUCUGGUCCAGUCCUUGCCUUUUAUUUUAACAUACUCCUCCACACCUUUCAGCCCUCUAUUCCUUGGUCUUCCUCUUGUAGUUUCCUUUGCACAUCCAUUUCAUGUGUCUUGUUGGGAAUCCUAUUGUUUCCUAUUCUCUUUAAAUGCCCAUACCAUCUUAGCCAUCAUGUUGCUAUCGUGCUCUGCAAAGGUUCCAAAAACACUAUUUCCCUUAUCUUUCAUUCCUCGUCCUCUCCCUCCUUGUUACUCCUGUCCUAUGUCUGAGGACCUAUAUUUCACGUGUCUCUAAUCUGCCUACAUCUCCUUUCUUCAUUACCCACGUUUCAGAUGCAUAGGUCAGCAACGGAAUGUAGUAACUUCUGUAUAUUACUUCUUUCCUUUUUUGUGGGACGCCUUUAUUCCAAACUGCGCUCCUAACACGUCGCAGGGAUGCUGUCUCUCUGCCACUUCCACUGAUCUGUUUCUCAUUUCUUUCACUCUCCUCUAUCACACUUCUCAAGAACUUAACACAUUCUAUCUUCAAUUGUUCACUUCCAAUCCUUAUACAGCUAUUUGGUCUAUCUUUCUUUCUAGCUGCAACCAGGAUCUCACACUUGUUUACGUUGAAUUUCAUUCUAUACCAUCUCACUUUCUUCCAAAGCACCCUGCUCUUCCUCCUCUCCUCCUCCGUGUUAUCCCAGAUCACUAAGUCAUCGGCGAACACCACUGCCUUCAUCUUGUGUUUUUCAGCCACUGGUAUCCUGGCUCAAAUUUCUGAGCUUCAAUUCCUACCCGCUUUCUAUUCUGCUUCCUAGUUAUUUGAAAUUUUGCACGUGUUCAGCAUCAUCUUUUCCAUUUUAUUUCCACCGAAUGCCGUUACUUUUGUUUUACUUGCAUUAAUUUUCUUUCCAUGUCUCUCUCCUUUACAUUCAAUGUCAACUACCAUUUCCUGUAAUUCACCGAAGAAGUGACACGUACGUGCUAAUGUCCAGCGUUUAGGAUGGUCACGUACGGACGCAUACGUUAAGUGCGACGUAAUAGUUUUUUUGUACGCCUAAUGUCAUCGGGAAGAAAAACCAUACCAUCAGGACUAUAUGGCACGGAACUACUGAAUAAAUACGAAGAAGACAUGUACUCUAUAGGCUACAGAGCAUGGCAUAUUCUUUUAAUUGUUGCAACAUACUACCGGCAAAUGGUAUGUACUGAAGGUAAAAUCUUCUGGAGGACCAAGUAGCGUCAGAGGGCUCUUCAGUUUCUUCUCCAAAUUCCACGUUUAGGCUUGCCCGCUGUGGACUUCCUGGGGAGGCUUCUUCUGCAAUCCACGGGUGGCUGCACACUCCUCAAAGCCAUGUCGCGUUCAAUCAUAAAAUCAUGAUACCCCGGUCUUUUCUUCUGAAAGACUGCAGCUGUUGAGUGAAAUUUCUUAAACUAACGUUUAAUAGUCCGGAGUCACUGGGUCGGCGGUCCAAGGCGCUACAGUCAUGGACUGUGCGGCUGGUCCCGGCGGAGGUUCGAGUCCUCCCUAGGGCAUGGGUGUGUGUGUUUGUCCUUAGCAUAAUUUAGUUUCAAUAGUGUGUAAGCUUAGGGACUGAUGAUGGUAGCAGUUAAGUUCCAUAAGAUUUCACACACAUUUGAACUUUUUUUUUUCACUGGGUAGGCGUUGUCUGUUUAUUGUAUUAGUUCCAUAGCUAAUUUUAUUUCAUCAUUUGCUCCGCGGCAUUGAACCGCAUCAGAUCGUCUCACUUAUAUUAGAAUUUGUACAGACAAUAUAUGUCCUCAAGAAGACUGAUUUUCUUAGAAAUAAACUUAAUCAAAAGGGGUAGCAGAUAAACCCAUAUAUUUAUUUAUUUAUUGUUUAUAGCUGUACUAAGUGCAUUUGUAUAAUAAAGACUGUUGUUUCGUAAAAUUAAAAAUAAA